GAGGAUUGACUGGUGUUUGGAAAAACAAGUUCCAAUUCAUUUGUUUCUUUGAUAAUACCAAAGGUGAUGGAAAAGCUUUCUAUUAAUCAUUUAUUAACUUAACGCCACUUAUAUUCUUUCUGUCAUGAAAGUGCAUGGUUUUGUCUUGAUCUGCUGUUUCACUAGUCCUGUAACAAAUCAGCUUUUUAAUAUGGGAGAAAAUUUGAACCUUAGUCUGGGUGCAUAUAUAUACUAAAGGUGUAUUUUACAUAUUACAUUUCAUUGAUUGCUUAGGCAAUAUUUUGCAAGGCCAUGAAGCAUGUGGGUUUAAUCCUGAGAAGUCUGCUUUCUGUGAAACUAAAAUCUAUGUUUCUCCAAUGUGAAGAUAUUUAGAGCUAGAUUUUACAAAUCUAUAUCCUUUUCCUUUAGAAACAAAAGAAGCAGGUACAGAUAAUCGUAACAUAGUUGACGAUGGAAAGUCUCAAAAACUGACUCAUGAUGACAUAAAGGCUUUGAAGGACAAGGGUAUUAAAGGACAGGCAUGGGGACAAGUCCUGAGCAAUGAAAGUUUUUUUUUCUUGGAGGUCUUAAUGAUCCCUCCAGCUGGAACCUGAACAUAUGAGGAAGAGUUGGAUUGACAAAAGGAGAUUAGAGUGAAGAGACCAGGAAACAAAAAAUGGAAUUCUGGGAAAACCUGGGAGCUAGAGAUGGAAGAAGUCGGGGGGAGUAUUGUAGGAAAUAGUAAAUGCUGAGGAGAUAGACAUUGUGCAAGGAGUUGGUACAGGAAUCUAGCGCAGUUUGGGAGGCAGACAAAAUGAAGUGGUGUAAGGGAGAUGUCUGGUAAGUAGCAGAGUAUAAGGGAAGAACAAGCACAAGAUGGAAAAAAAGAUACCCUCAGAGAUGGAGAUGCUGAAGUCAGACAAAGAGACCCAGAGAAGGAGUUGGAUUAAAGUAAAUAUUGCGUAUGACAUCAGGUUGUUUUGUUUUUGUAAAAUAUUUUUGCCUGUAUAGCUUCAUGCAGGACUUAGGGUACUGUCAUGCAAUCCAGUUACUAUGGGGAAUGUUAGCCCAACAGAAUAUAUGUCAGUUGUUCUGUAAUAACUGACAAUAAACAUAACUCAGCCUCGCUCUAAACACAGGAUAAUUAAAGUAGCUAAUCACUUGGAGAAAGCAGUAUAGUCUCAUUUACAUUUGCAUGGGAUAAGAAUAUUUAGGUACUGAGGCUUCACAGUAAGGGCUGAAGUAAUGACUUGCUGAUGCUGAAAGGAACAACCCUGCUUUUUCUUCAGUUCUGGCCUUACGAGUCUGCCCUCUCUCAUGAGUUAGCUUUGGCACCUACCAGGCUCCUUCCCCACAAAAUACCCCAUUUCCAGGAUAAGCGUUUUCAGCUUUAUCAUUUUUAUGCUGGCAUUACGUAGUUAAGAGAACACCUAGAGACAAAAGUAUAUGAUUAAAUUUCUGCACAUAGUCAAGAGUAGUGCCUCACUUGUCAUGUUGAUUAAUAGAACUUUAGUUUGCCAUUAAUGGCAGUGGAAGGUAACAGUAUACGUGCCUCUACUGGAAGAAAAUAUUUCAAGUGUUUGUUUGAAAAAGUACUUUAUGUGAAAUGCACGAGAAAUAAAUACCAGCUAUAAUUGUCUUUUCCAAGGAAAUAGUUCAACAGUUAAUAGAGAACAGUACAACAUUCAGAGACAAAACAGAAUUUGCUCAAGAUAAAUACAUAAAGAAGAAGAAAAAAAAAUAUGAAGCAGUUAUUACAAUUGUGAAACCAUCCACUCGCAUUCUUUCAACAAUGUAUUAUGCAAGGGAACCUGGAAAAAUUAACCACUUGCGAUAUGACACCCUGGCUCAGAUGUUGACUUUAGGAAACAUCCGUGCUGGCAACAAGAUGAUUGUAAUGGAAACGUGUGCAGGCCUUGUGCUGGGUGCGGUGAUGGAGCGAAUGGGAGGCUAUGGAUCCAUUAUUCAGAUGUAUCCAGGAGGGGGACCUGUUAGAGCUGCUACCACUUGUUUUGGAUUUCCAAAAGCUUUUUUCAAUAAUCUUCAUGAAUUUCCUCUCAGCAAAGUGGAUAGUCUCCUCUCUGGGACAUUUUCUACGGAGACUCUGCCCUCAGAACCUGAAGAUAAUGCGCUAGGGGAAGAAGAAAGCAACGGAGUGACUGAUGAGAAGCAGAUUUCCCUGCAGGAAACAGAAGAGGAAUCUACUACUGAAGCAGCUAUGGAGAUCAACCAAACAGAAGAGCAAGAAACAAUGGACAUCAAUGCUGAAGAUGUAGAAUUUAAAGAAAACAAAGAAAAAGAAAAUAAAGAAAAUGUUCGGGAAAAGCAAAGAAAACAAUGGGAGAGAAGGAAAAAGCUGAUAGAAACUGCUGCUUUGCUGAGAGAGAGGAAUGCUGAUGGCUUAAUUGUAGCCAGCAAGUUUCACCCCACUCCUUUAUUACUUUCAUUAUUGGAAUUUGUUGCUCCUUCAAGGCCUUUUGUUGUCUACUGCCAGUAUAAAGAGCCAUUAUUAGAAUGUUACACAAAGCUGAGGGAGAGAGGCGGUGUUAUUAACCUAAAGCUGUCUGAAACCUGGCUACGAAACUACCAGGUCUUACCAGAUCGAAGCCAUCCAAAACUGACCAUGAGCGGAGGUGGAGGGUACCUUCUGUCUGGUAUAACUGUUGUCUUGGAUAAGGGCAGAUCUGAUUCCAGUAAUUUAGAAGCACUGAAGACGGAAGAGCCAUCAUCAAAAAGGUGCAAAGUUCAAGACCUUCAUUGUUAACGUUUGAAGAACUGAUUUGGUUUUUAGAUCUCAGGACUCUUUACUGUUAGCAAAAUAACAAGUCUGCUUCCUGUGCUCCUGAGAGCACAGCAGUUGUGCCUGUCAUCCGUCUGUCAGCAGAAAGCAGCGAACUGUGUGGCAGGGAGGGUUGUCUCGCUUGUUACCACUUCACAUGAUCAGAAUGAGAAGAAAAACCCUUGGGAGCAAACACCACACUGAAAACACAGUAACUUUGGAAAGAAGAGAAGAUGAGCGUGAGCGAAGGCAUUCUGUCUGUCUGUUGCCAAAAGUGGAAAGGAAGCAGCAGGUUGUGCAAAGGCUGGGUCCGAACCAACGCGCCUAACUCGGCCUUCCGUGUUCCCAGAACAGGUCAGGGUUGAGCAGCACACGCAGUGAUCUGCUCCCCCUCUGGGCACGGAACCACCUCUGUUCAGUAACUUAAGGAAGUAAAAUAACAGCAAAAAUCAUAGGCUCUUCUUUCUAAAGGAGUGCUAAAAAGAGAAUACUAAUAGCACAACUUUACAGCAUGACCCAUGUUUUCCUGACGUACAUACAGAGGAGAAAGUGCAUGUUUGUAAAUUAAAAUACCAAAUAUUUAAACAAUGUCUCGAUUAGUAUUGCCUGUCUUUUUCCAAAGAGUUGUUACUUGUUUUUAUUUUAAGAUGGGACUAUUUUGAAAACUCCAACAUGUAUAUAUAUGUAUUCUACUGUUUUAUCUUUCAUGAUGUGUAGCUUUUCUAUUAAUUUUUUUAACUUUGCGUUUGCCACUUCAAUUAAACUGCAGGAUGUUUUUCCUAA